AUGUCGGGUGGUGAUUUGCAUAUUAACCAUAACCAAUGGGAUUAUCUGUAUAAUGAUACUGAACAAUCAGAUAUAUGUCUCAACAAUAGACAGUCAAUAGACCAUGAUAUAAACCAUUUAACGUUUGAUCACGUGUCCCCUUCUAUAUCUACUCAACAAAACCCCCCUUUGGUUACCAACGAAAAUGCAUUUAAUUAUCACACGAGAUCAAACGAGAUUAGCUCAAAUGUAAGCGACACUUACGAAAGUUUUUUGAAGGAGGGUGAUCUUGGCCUAGACGAAUAUAAUAUUAGUGAUUCACCAGAUUUUGCUAGUCCGGGCACUAAGAAUAGAUACACACAUGACAGUGGCUGUGAUUACAUUCAAACAGGAAUUGAGGAGGAUUUACCUUGGUUAGGUGAGAAUAGAUUAUCUCAAAUCUCGGAGGAUAGCGCCGGAGAAAUCUCUGAUGAUUCAAAUCAAGAGGACGCUGAUGAGAAUGAAAGUAAGUGUUUAGAUACAGAAAGUGAAGAAGUAGAUCAGAGAAAGAGUUCACACAGAAAUUUGGAUGAGCUUAGUGAAUCUUUUGAAGUAAAGGUGAACGACGAAGCAAGAGAAGAUAAUAUAAGUACUCAACCCAAAGCUAAAGAGUACAGUUCAAAUUACAGAUCAACGAUAAGGAAAUCACAGAAAAGUGUAUCGUUUCAAGAUUCAGUUGGAAUAAUAGAUGAUUCUGAAAGUGAUGAAUUAGAGUUGAUUUUCUCUGAAAAGUCUUUUUCAUUUGAGGAAAACGGAAGUUUGGUCUCUGAUACAUCCCAUCAGGAUAUUGACGGUGAAGAUCAACAAGAUGUGUUUGAUGCGUCAACAUUACGAUCUGAAUCAUUAGAUAUAUAUACAGAUGAUCAUGUUGAUGAGUAUGAUAGUGAUUGGGAAAAUUAUUCAUCAGAUGGUGGUAGUACAUUAGGAAGUCAACGUAGUAGAUCAUCAACUUCAGGAUCAACUGUUACUAACCAUAAUACUGAUAAUUCUGAUUCCCUAGACUCUUUUACUACUUCAUUUAUACCAACAUACUUGGAUAACCAAUCAACAGACUUUGAUAGCCAACCAACAGAAGUUGACAGCAAACCAAUAGACUUUGAUAGCCAACAAAAAGAAGUUGAUAGCAAAGCAACAGACUUUGAUAGCCAACCAACAAAUGAACAACCAUCAUACAUAGAAAGCAUUGCAAAAGAAUUUCGUGGCACACCAUCGAAGGAUUUUUAUACUUUUGAUAAUUCUCGAACCUUAGCUCUUUACCCAGACGAAAACGGGUCAGAUUGGAAAAGACCGGUCAGUGCGAAAAUGACAAGCAGGGAAGAAGUUGUGAAUAUGGAACCUAAUUCCCUGUCAAUGUCGAAAUCAUUUUGUCAAGAAGUGAAAUAUGGAAAUCAGAACGUUGUCUCUCUGCAAAUCAGUCUUCAGAAUAUAUUCCAGAAAUCAGGCCAUAUACUAGGCCAAUACAAAGAGAAAUUAUCUACAGAACAAUUAAAAGACUUUGCCUUGAAUUUGACAGAUUUUCAUGAAAGUUUUGUAGCAUUAAGUGAAUUGUUUGCAAGUUGUGAGAGUUUGUCUCAAGUUAUAAAUAAAGACUUAAAAGAUAUUCGCCAUGUAACGGACGAUGUGUGUAAUUUAAUUAAUCGUAAGUUCAGAGAUGAAGACUUGGUAACCUGGGUUGAUCAUACAGAGAAAGAUCAUCAAGAAAAAGAAAGGUUAGAAGAAGAACGCAUUGCUACUGAUAAAGCACUUUUAGCUAAAGCAGCAGAAGCUCGAGCCUCGUCUGCCAAAGCAGUAACCAUUAUAGCUGAAACAGACAAAAUUAUUGCAGAUUCCGAAACAGAAGCUGUUGAGGCUGAACUUGCAGCUAAACGAGCACGCGAACUAGCAGACGAUGUCAUUAAAGCUGCUGAAGAUGCUAGACGUGCUGCCGAGGAGAGACGGAAGGCAGAAAUGGAGGCAAAAAGAAGAGCAGAUGAAAAGGCGAGAGUAAAAGCUGAAGAGGAACGUCAGAAGAAAGAAGAAGAGACAAAACGAAUUGAAGCUGAAGCUAGGAAGAGAGGAACAUCAUUUGAUGUCGAAAAAAGCCGAGAAGAGGAAGAAAAGAGAAAAAGGGAAGCCGAACGGAAAAAUCCUAAUAAUUGGCCACGUUACAUCUAUAGUAUCGAAAGUGAAGAUUUUAACCCUGGUAUUGGUUGUAUUAUAAGAUCUAUUAAAGGAUCUUUAGACAGAGAUGAUAUAGAAGUAAACAGAAUAGAUCAAAUAACAGGAGGAUACCAAAUACACGAAAAUGAAGAACUAAUAUCUAAUAUAAUUGUAGUUAAACAGAUGACAGAUAAAAAUCUCGAGUUUGAAGAACCCUUAUCCAUCGUAAUGCCACAUUGUGCACCACGAUCUACGACCGGAAGAGAACCUGUAAUGAAAUGUUAUGAUGAUACUGCUGCUAACUGGGUAGAAUUACAGACAAAUGAUGUUAUGUUUGACGAUAUAAAGGAUCUUCGAUUUGUUGAAGCCCGUGUGACUAAAUUGGGCAAGUUUGUUGUUGUCUAUAGAUUAAAGAAAGAGCAGUUUACCUUCACUAAAAAGGGUGGAAAACAAUCAUCUACUGUUGACAGUCGUUUUACUUUAACGACUAAACCAGGUGCUUUUAGGUAUAAUUUGGGGGUUUCCACUGAGAUUCAACCAGUAGAUUCGAACACUGUUUCUGAAUUAAGACAACGAGAUAAUGAAAUAUGUGGUGCAUUGCUAGCUUCUACAUCAAUAAUCACAAUGACAUGGAAACAAAAUACAAGGCUAUCUAAACCAAUAACUAUAACCCUACCUUGUCCACCUAAUCCAGCUCGUAUUAAACGACCUUCUACAGCUGUCAAUAGAGAAAAAGUGGCGAAACAGGAUGCUAGACCUCAAACAGCUCGACCUGCCUCUGAAUACUUUAAGCAUACAGACGAUGCUAAAUUAGAAGAAGAAUUACAUUUGGUAAUAAAAGAUAAUACAAGUGGAUGGCUGACUGUUCCAGAUGUGGUGAUUACACAGGCGAAAAAUAAAGAUAUUAUAUCAUUGGAUAUAACAGAACCUAUCACAAGAUUUGUGGUAUUACGAACAAAGAUGGACCUCGCAGAAUAUCAAGCAGAAAAGAUGGUGAGUAGGCUGGAAAAAGCACUGUUGCAGAGAACAAUACAAUUAUUUCUACGUCAGAAUACUGAAGAUUUGAAUGAAAUAUUAGUGUCAUGUGCUAACACGAAUAAGAUAGAGAAAGUAUUAAAACGAUUAGAUGAAGAAGGUUAUGAUGAAGGACCACCUCUCAGUAAAGAUAUUAUUGUAAGAGAAGGUCAAGUUCUAGAACUGAGAUUUAGAGGUAACCUAGCACCAGUCACGGAACACAGAACAAAAAUAGCCUUUAACUCUCAUAUUAACAGUCAAAUCACGUUUCGUGUAGAAGAACUGGAUAAAUUUGCUCAGCGCGGUUUUGAUAGCUACAGAGGAUUUUGUCAGGUUUUCACAGAUGGACUGGUACCUAAGGUUAUUCAGGAACAAGAGGAACGAGACACAGGUAAAGGUCGAAAUAAUCCAAAGAACACUCAUGUUGAAAUGGUUGAAGGAGAAAUAUUAUUGGGAGAAUUAUUGAUGAACAUACCAAAGCCUGAACCAGAGCCACCGAGGCCGCUGGUAAAAGCUCCUGUCUCCAUUAAACCAGAAGGUCCAGUAAAUGAAGAUGUUUUUAGAUUCAUCUCCCGAGAAGUUGGUGAUGAAUGGAGAAAACUAGCUCAGUAUUUAAAUGUGAGAAGAAUGAGGAUUCAGGCUAUAUUAAGACAAAAUGUAAAUUCUGAAAGACAACAGACUAUAUAUGACAUGUUGGUAUCUUGGGCUAAAAGAGUUCCAAGGGCCAUGGACAAGGUAGAAAUGUUGUGUCAUGCAUUAUCAGUUUGUGGCCGAGGUGAUUUAGUAGAGAUUCUAAGAGAACGAAAUAUGGAAUUCAAAAGAGAAAAAGCUUUCAGUGCUAAAGAUUCCUACCUUCGGAAAGCUUUUAUAAAAAUAUCACGUGAUGAGAAGGUGUCUGGUAAUUGGAAAGUUCUAGCUAAAGGCUUGGGUUUAACUGACCAAACUUUACGUGAUAUAGAAGGUUCUCGACCAACACGUCAAGACAGAUGUUUUUAUAGUCUCCAGAAAUGGCGGGAUAUUAAAGAUUCAGAAGCAACUAUACCAAAUUUAUCACAAAAACUUCGUGAAUGUCGCUAUCGAGUCUUGGCACGUGAGGUAGAAGCUAUAGGAUGAUAAUGGGAUUAUCAUUCAAUAUUUGUGCUAAAGUAGUUAUAAGUAUUUUUUAUGUAGAUAAAAUAUUAUUUAU